GUUGUGUUUAUGUGGGGGUUACUCACUCUUCAGUCUUCAUACUCUUUCUUAUUCUUCUUCUUCUACUAGGUAAGAGAGAGACACUAAUUAGGUUGUUUCGUCUUUGAUUCUUUCUCGGUUCUGAAAAUUUUUUUCCCUGUAUUUCUCUGAUUCAUGGGUUAAAGAUUGGACCUUGAGGCAUUUCAAGAACGGGUUGUCUUCUGGGUUUUGAUGGUGAUAAGGUAAGCUAUGGAUAUUUCAGACCAUACAAGAAUUGUUUUCGAUAGAAUUCAGAAAUUUGAUGCUGAGCAUGCAACAAAAAUAAUUGGCUACCUCCUCCUACAAGAUCACGGUGAGCAGGAAAUGGCUAAAUUGGCGUCAUGCCCUGAUCAUGUGAUAAGAGACGUGGCAUUUAAGACCAAAAUGGAGCUGCAAAGGCUGUCUUCUAGAUCUUCCAUACUUCCUGUCCCACCUCCUUUGAAUUCUGCACAACAUGGUUUAAGCCAAUUAUCCAUGAUUUCUUCUAGAAGCCCUACAUCUCCAGCAAGCUUCCCGGCUUUUUGGGAACCACAGUCUAAUACUAACACUACAAACACAGAUUUUAUGCCAAUGAGUUACUUGGAUUCCAUGCCAGAACUUCAGAAGCAGACCCAGUUGUUUGGCUUGGAAAAUAAUAUGGCUCCAGUGAUUGCUGGAAACAGUGGGAUUGUGAAUGACUAUUAUAGCUUAGAUACUUCCCCAGGAAAUUUGAAUGCAAAAGCUGGUAGAAGGUUUUCGUCCGAAUUUCCUGUCAAGACCUGUCAUUAUUUUAACAAAGGUUUCUGCAAACAUGGAAGUAGCUGUAGAUAUUAUCACGGGCAAGUUGGGUCUGAGAGACUUUCUCAAAUGUUUGGAAAUGAUGCAAGUAAUGAUGAUCAAUUAAUUCCACCAGGAUCAUUAGCGCAGUUAGAGUCAGAAAUUGUUGAGCUUCUGAAAUCAAGAAGAGGCAAUCCUAUUACAAUUGCGUCCCUCCCAAUGGCAUACUAUGAGAAGUAUAAAAAGGUACUUCAGGCUGAUGGUUAUCUAACUGAGAGCCAGAGACAUGGAAAAUCUGGCUAUAGUUUGACAAAGCUUCUUGCCCGAUUGAAAAAUGCUAUUCGGGUCAUAGACAGACCUCAUGGGCAGCAUGCGGUAGUUCUGGCAGAAGAUGCACCAAAAUACUUGGAAAGAGGAGACCCCGGUCAAAAUAUCAGUGCAGCACGACAGAUUUAUUUAACUUUCCCAGCUGACUGCAGUUUCACAGAAGAGGAUGUUUCAAACUACUUUAGCAAUUUUGGAACUGUUGAAGAUGUAAGAAUUCCAUGUCAGCAGAGGAGGAUGUUUGGAUUUGUAACAUUCGCUGAUCCGGAAACUGUUAAGACAGUUUUGGACAAGGGGAACCCCCAUUAUGUUCAGGGCUCCCGGGUGCUUGUGAAACCCUACAGGGAAAAAUCAAAGAUCAUUGACAGGAAACACCCUGAUAGAAUUGAGCCUCCUGUUUGCUAUUCACCACAAUAUGCAGAUAUACAUUCUGAACUUACCUCAAUGUCAAGAAGUUUUGGUGACCCUCAGUUUCUGAGGAGACAGUUCUGUGAAGAGCAAGAGCAAGCCUUCGAAUUUCAGAGGAGACGGUUUGCCGAGCUGCAGCUAAACCAAAACCCUGCGUUUAAUCCACCGUAUCCUGGAUUUUCCAUGGACGGGCUAAAAGCUUCAAGAGACCCUUUUAAUUUUCAGCCUACAGAAUCUUUAAACUAUACUGCGAUUGACAAACCUAGGUACAUAAAGACCAAUAGCACUGAUGAGGACGGCCAAGGACUGGAUCUGCCUGAUAGCCCUUUUGCAUUUCCGACCGAUAGUGGGAUUUCUGCAGCUAUAUAGAUUUGGAAACUAAUACAGGAGAAAGACAUAUAGAGUUAAAAACAGCACCAGACAAAAAAGCAGCUUCUUUAAUUCGAUAUACUUACAAGGCUUACGUUGCUCUUCUCUACCAGUUCGUUGUUUAAGUCUAUGGCAAGUACAUACAAGCUGAGUUUUUUUUUUUUGAAAUUCUCUUUGAAUUGUUGGGAACAAAGAAGAAUACAUGGUUACACAGAAGAUGACCAUAGGUUUUUACCUUUUAGCUAUAGAAAGAAAGUUUGUUGUUUCAUUUCUUUUAAAGGCUAUGUAGCUGGGAUGUUACUGUAGUCAUCAGGCAUAUGUUCAUAUAUGAAGCAAUUUUUACAUUUUUUCAACUUUUA